AUGACAUCAGACGAUGUUCAAGGCAGGGCGGCCUCUACAAGAACCUCCCAUCCCUUACGUAUUCUAUUAACAUGGUUUGCCAUAUGCUUCACUCUAUGCCUCAUUUUCUCUGUGAUUGCAUUCGUUUCACUGCUCAACAAAAAUAUUCUUCCCGAAGAGCUCGGCCCCCAAUCUAUUCCUUAUACUAACGUACCUCGCCGUUACGAUGUUCAGUUGCAGUUCAAUACCGAAUAUAAUCGAUCAAAUACGUCGUUUCAUGGGCAAGUUGCCUUGCUCUUCAACAGCCGUCAUGAGUCACAACGCCUUUUCCUUCACAGAGGCAAACAUCUACGGAUAACCGACUUCAGCUUAACGGCCAUCGGUCAAUCGAAUGAAAAAAGAGCAGUAAAGAAGGGAACGUAUAACGCUGCUUCGGAGAUCCAAACUUUUAUACUGUCUUUUGACACCACAACCGAUGCUCAAUACCUGUUUACAAUGAAGUUCACGGGAAAAAUAACGGCUGAGGAUGGGCCGAAGGAAUUCGCGUACACCUCAAACAGUGGCCAACAGAGGUAUGGCGUUUGGUUCGCUACAAUUCAACGUAAUGGCAAAGGUUUGCGCUAUUUAUUCCCCUGUAUGGAUUCAAAUGAAUUUCCUGCUGAAUACAACAUUACCGUCAAACGUAAAAUAUCCCUGCGAACUCUUUCGAAUUUCGUCAUCAAACGUUCAAUUCAAAGUGACGAGUAUUUUAUGACUGAUUACUUUCCGCCGUCAAUGGUAAUGUCACCCUACCACUUCGCCCUUGUCCUAUGCGAUUUUCAAUACAAAACGGAGAUCUUUAACGGGACCGUGGUGAGGUUUUCCAUAACUUCUCUCACCUUUAUAACUUUUGCACAUUUUUUUGCGUUUAUUGGUACUCGCUAUAACUGUACUGUCUUUUCAUUAUUGUAA